AUGUCAGGAGAAGCGGAGGGGAAAAAUGGGGCAGGUGAGGCGACGGCAACGCCGCACCACACCAACACGGUGGAUCACAGCAACGCAGUUAUUCGGAAGCGGCCACGUGCGGCGUGUCUGCGGCAGAAUUUUUCCCGUCAAUUGUACCAAAUGAUGAUCCGGCAGUUACACCACGAUGGGUACUUGGGGGCAGCCGCGGCGGUGGCCGAUGCGACAGGAGUUGUGGUCCCACGGUUAGAAAAAGACAGCCAGCGAUUGUCAAAACUUGUCUCGAUGGGCCUAGCGCACGAAGCAAGCAACAUAACUGAAAUGGAGAACUUCAUGACGUAUGAGGUGGUGGAGCGCUACCUCGGUGCCUCCAAGUUGUAUUUGCCGCUGCACCUCACGGAGAGUUCGACAGUGGGCCAAAUGGCAUACCGAAUGCGGGAACGGUUUACGACCUCUUCACUAGGCGGGGUUGUGCGUCGUGUCAAUAUAUCGCCGGAUGGUUCUCUGGCGGCCUGUGGUGGAAACAACGGGCUGUGUGUUGUGUUUUCACUCAAGACGAUGGAAGACCUGAUGGCGCUAGAAGAGGUGCGACAGGAAAAUCAGUUCCGUGGUUUGGACGGCAGUGGUGGGAGUGGAAACGUUGGGGUUCGUAACGCGAGCAAUAAAAUCACUGAACUGGCGGAGGCACGAAGAUUCCACGAACACACUCAGUCUGUUGAAGCGAUGCACUUCCAUCCGUCACGACCGCUCCUGUUGACAGGCGGACGUGAGGGGGAUUUGUACCUGCGUGACUACAGUCAACCCAAUAAUAAGGUGUUACAUAAACUGCAUGAUACAUUCCCCAUCCGAUCGGCCGUUUUUCAUCCCUCGGGUGAAUACAUACUUUACGCCACGGACCACACAGCUCCGAGACUUUUGAAUUUACGCACAUGGAAGUUGAUGACACCCAAUACAGUUUCCGGUAAUGAGAAUAAUGCGGCGGCUACCAAUAUAAUUACAGGCAGGAGUGGAAUGUUGAAUAGAGGAGGCUUCUAUAGAAGAGGGACAGAUGAUAGCCACACAGCUGCUCUGUGUGAUGUGGACUUCUCUUUGGAUGGACGGUUGCUUGCUUCGUGUAGUCUGGAUGGUUCGCUGAUUGUGUACGAUGGCGUCAGCAGCCGUCCGGUGGCCAAGGUAAACAAUGCCCAUUCGAGUGUGCCUGUGACAAGUGUGAAGUUCAGUCGCACAGGCAAUUUUAUUCUUUCUGCAGGAAUGGACUCCGUUGCCAGACUCUGGGAUUUGCGUCGUUCGGAUGGUGGGUGCGGCACGGCAGAGGUGAUGUCAUUUGGUGAGCCUGGAAAGUGCAACCAUCGCAGCAUCCACGCCGCGUUUAGUUGUAACGAGAGCCACGUGCUAUUGCAGGACACGUCCCUCUUUGCUAUCCAUUCGUACUGUGUUUACUCUAGUGAUAAAUCGUACUCGUUGGUGGUACCGAAUCAUAUGCAGCGUGGAUUUGCGGCAGCACCGUUUUGUAACGUCGUGGUGAGCGGUGGCGAUGAUUGUCGUGUUCGGUUGUGGACACCCGCGUGGGCAGCCGCAUGA